AUGACAGUGAAGAGAGCAGGGAACAGAUCAGACACAGACACAUCAGUUAGCAGAAGAGAUGAUACCUUACUACAAGACACAGUAACUACUGUCACAGCUGUAAGAGAAGUAGAAGAAGAUAUGACAAUGAAAGCAGUGCUUCUGCAGCUCAUUGACAUCAUUACCUUCAAUCUGGCUUUCUUAGUGAUCAUGAAGGCUGCAGCCACAUCACAAAGACAUUUACUUACUAGAAAACAUCAGAAUAAGUCUCUUAUUAUCUCUCAAGAAUGA